GGUACCAGACUCCUGCGAACAAGCAUCACGCGCGCGGCCGUCAGAGCUGCCGAAUGGUUAAGGAAUGAACAAGACGAAAAUGGCACUUACGGAUUGGGUCACGUGAGUGCGUUUGCGUUCAACUCUCUGCGUCUUACUGGUCACUCUGUGGAGACUGGUGCUGAGCAUCUGAAUGCGGAGAUCAUUAAAGCUGACAUUGGUUCCCUGACCGGGGGUAGGGUGGCAUUGUAUGUUCUCGGCGCGUUGGCUACGUGCAAGGACCCCAGCAACUUUUAUGAUUUCAAUUUGAUAAAAAGUCUUAAAGACAAACUAACCAAGUUCCCCCAGUUGGGUUUUAAUCACCCUUUUCAGUACAGCCUUGCUGUUAUGGCUCUCUGUAGCAGCAACACACCUCUAGAGAGGAAGACGCUUGGCCAUGUGAACGAAAUCCUGAAGAAAGUAGAAAAUGAAUCUCACACUGCCAGUUACCAUGCCGACACGCUUGCAAUGCAAAUAAUGGCGUUAACCUGUAUCAAGAAUUCCAUAAAAGGGCAGAAAAAGAAGGCACUUGAAAAGAAGAUCCAAAAAGCUGUUAAUUUGGGGUGUAGAAAGUUGCUUAAGGCUCAAAUCAAUGAUAGCACGUUUGGGGAAAACGAAGUCACGGCAGCUCUUGCCUCUCAAGUACGUUACUAAUUCUCUAUCACGCCAAUUGUCUUUUGUUUUGUCACACAAUUCAUAUUCUGUGAUUUGAAGGGGCUAAGUCACGAAAUUCCAAGAAGUUUGAGCGUCGUAGAGAAUUGCCCUUGAGCUGCUUGAGUCUUACUGAAUAUGUAUUUUCUUCAAGCUCUGAAACGCAAAACUGGAAUAAGUCAACAAGGAACCGAGAUGUUAAGGAAUGAGAAGACAAACCUGGAUCGCAAAUGACAAUUGAUUAUUUUUCUCACUACCUAUCAAUUAGCUCCAUAACAUACUGUAUAUGUAGGGUGAAUUUCUACACUGAUCAUAUUUCUUCAUGUCUAGGCUCUUUUAGCCGCCGGAUGGAAGACAAAAAGGUGUUCGACGACUUUACGCUGGCUCGUGUCUCGUCAAAAACCCGAUGGAUCCUUUAUUAACUUGUUGAGCACACUCUAUGUCACACCAGCCUUGAUCGGAGCGCUGCCCCACGAUGUCAAAAACAUAGCGUGUCUCAGAACUACAGACGCAUUAGGUAACUGACAGCUGUGUUUUACAGGAAAAGUUGUGACCUUUUUAUACCCUACAUACCGACCUUUAGCAAAUCCCCUGUGAGUGCCGACGCGUUAGCCAUCUGUCCACCUGCAGUUACACCUGUUCUCCUUCCCAGUGGAAUCUCCCCAGAAGUUUGUUUGCUUUUGUGCGGCAAGAGUGAUAAAACGCACUGGGUUUCUCUUCUCUAAAUUAAAAUGGGUUUUGUUGUGUGAAUAACUCAAGUUUAAGUCUCUAACGCAAUUGAAUUUUUCCCUUUCAGGUCAACAAGAACAACAGGUGAGAUUGGCAAAAAAAUUCAUUUCGUGUUUAUUAGUUUGAGUCGCAGAGAGAGGUAUGACAGGAGGGGUUAUCUUUGUUAUGUCCCCACCAUCACCUUCCCUCUAUCGUGAUAUGGUGACCGCUUAUAACUAAAAUUUAACACCUCUGAAAUUACGGUGACAUAUCAUAACUCACUCUGUUGAAAUUGCAACCAAACAUUUGUAGAAUAUUAAAAACAACUAAGUGUUUUUCCUUUGAUUGACUUAGAAUAUAACCGUCUGCGUUGAGCUGAAGUUCGUCAACACCAACAAAUACACCAAAGGAAAAACAGCUCCAACCACUGAGUGCGUGACAGUAGCAAAUGGCACUAAUGCUUAUGACAUCUUGAAAGAAGCUGCCAAAAAAAAUUCUUGUUACGCAUUCACCACCCAAAAAACCUCCUACGGCAACUCGGUGACGUCUAUCUGUGGUGUCCAACGCAGACCAGUCGAUAAAUUUUACUGGAUGAUCUAUGUGGACGAAAAAUCGGCCACUGUGGGUGUGGAUGAUCUAAGGCCUGGUGACGGAUCCACACUCAGUUUCCGGUAUAAACAACUGCACUGGCGGUAG